UGUCAGGCUGCCACUUCCAUUUAACUGGAACCUCACGACAAAGCACGUCCAUUUUCAAUCAAGUUCUAGACUAGCCACGCACGGCGAAUCAGCGCAGAGCAGUACAGCGAGCAUGCGAAUCGAGAAAACACAACAAUAGCCACGUGGAACAACUUGCAUAAUAUUCUGCACGACGAGCUCGCCCUUCUGGAAGACUGGGAUACUCUCCGAGGAUCGUCAGUGGAUAUGUGCCGGGUCUAAAUUUCAGCUUGGACUGACGAGUGGCCCUUUGGUCGUGCGUAUUUUGUCCUCUUAUUUGUGGAUCGGCUCUGAAGCCCGAAAUCGUGCGGGCCAGGCUCUCUGGGACCCAUGGACAGUUGCCAGUGCAGUGCGCAUAUAUGGCCCCUUCUGCCAAUAGAACAGAACUGCAUCUUAUCGGCAUGCUCUGCGCAGAUUUCUCCAACGCAGCACCAAGUGCGAGGCAGACGGGGUGCCCUAAGCCCUUCGCCGGUCAGAGAACGUACCACGCGCGUCGCGAGACGUACACGCGCAUCCAUAUCUCAUGAUGUCCGGAGAUACCACUACAGAUGCAUUCGCUCACGUCUCUGGCUUACACUGUACAGUUCCCUGCAGGACACACGCGACCACCCUCCACGACGGCUUUCUGUGCCGGCGGCACCGGAACACUGGUCCGCCAUGCGUGUGCACAAGCUUCGUGGUUAUCGCAUCCCGCCUUCUGACGACUCGGACGCGUGUUCGACGCUCCUCGAUCGCAACUUUGUUCACAGCUUGGCCCAAGCUUGGCCGUACGAUAGAUUGAUUGACAUACACACUAGUGCCGGAGCAUCGCAUGACAUCGGCUGGAUUUAUCAUUGUGCUACUAUCAGUUCCUCUUUGGAUGCUUCCCAUUCUAUCGGUGCGCAACACUACAUCUAUUCCGCUCACUCACACACGGCAUGGACAGAACCAUGCUUAUCGACUAUUCGAUCCGCGUGAGUUGGGCGCCGGGCAUUCUCUGAGUGUUUACCCUGUGUCGG